UUUGGGCACAUUGCCAGUGAAAAUUGAUAGAUAUCCAAUGAAGCACAUUGGAGAUUACAUAUUCCGUGGCGCCCAGUUUGAACUCUCUCUUACUGUGCUGGCAUUAAUGUUCGCGGCACUUAGGUAGAGCCAGGCGGCGUUUGCGGCUCAUUGAGCUAAGUGACUAUGUGAGUGUUCCCGCUUGUUGCUACUCGCACCUCGAUAUCGCCAAUCCAAAGUAAACAUAUCUUGCAAAAUUGAAGAAAUAUCUUGAACAUUGCAGGAAGCAAUCCAUGUUGCGGCGUGAUUUCAGAGAUUGAUGCCUGAAUACAUGUGGCUGCCUCAGACAUCAACGAGCUUGAACCUUUCGACAGAGUGAGCUCUCGAGUCAACAUCCACCAGAUCUCCCAAUCAUUGUCUAAAAUGCGCCCUAGACUCCCCAUCCGGAGGAUACUAUUCUUACGACCUUUUCGACCUCCAAACUCAUUGCGCCCCUUCACACAGAAUACCCUCAUAUCUAAAUCUCGACCACAGCUCCCAUUCCUUUCCUCUCCAAACCGACGCCCCAUCGCCCGGUUCCUGACCACGGAACGAAAACAAUGGAUCAAAGAUGAAGUACGGAAAGCGGGCAAAUAUACAGCGGUGAUAUGGACAGGGUCAUUUCUCCUUCUGGUGAUUGCUUUCGGGGUGCAGCAAGAGUGGUUGGAAAGGAAAUUCCCGUCACCACACGAAUGGUCAUGGGUGACAAGGAAAGAUUACAGAAGUGCGAGAUGGAACGAAGACCAUGAUGAUGAUGGCAAUAAUCUGGUCGAUUGGGCUCGAACUGGAGAAGCAUACCGGCGGUUGCUGAAGAGGUUGGAAGAUCCAAACAUUGACGGAGCUGGAUUGGAUGAUGUGGUUGAGGGCGGUAUUUUGGUCGCUGGUGUAGGAAAGACUGGCUAUGAUAUCUCGAUGAAGCCCGAAUCAUGGAGACGGGGAUACUACGAAAUUAUGAUGGGAGCUGCACGAGCAGCUGAGCAUUUGGAUGGUUGGGUUAGGGACAGGACUCGGAAUGUCGCCUUCCCAGCGAGUGUUGUUAUUGGGCCCUCGAAUCCGAAUCCCAGACCUGUUCCUCCAGGUGCAAAAUCACCACCCAGAGAAGAAGAUUGCGAACCCGCAUUUGAAUCACCAGAUACCUAUUAUAUGAAAAUCUUGACAACACAUGGCUUCACUGAGAAGCAGAGGGUAGAUGCAGCAUUGGCAUGUGGAUCAUGGCUGGAUUACAAGCAAACGCCCGAAGCCGCUUCGCAGAUAUACCAAUGGGCAUUGGACAUUGCAACUUCAAGCAGUGCCGAUGUCGUCGAUUCCACCGCCAUUCUACACCCCGAAAUUCGAAAUCCGAGUGCCAACAUACUCUCAGCUACCACGGCCCUAGCUGUUCACCAUGCUCUGAAUAAGCGUCUAUCGGAGGCACUCCCGAUAUUUAUCUCCGUCCUUCGAGCUCGAAGAACUCUACAAGACGUACCAGCAACCAUGCGAUCGACUUUGAUACCCGAUGAGGAGAAUGAUGGGAUAUGGAAGGCCGCAACUUCGCUCGUUCGCUCAGCAAUCGUGGCACCUGCAUAUCCUCCGCCUCCUGAUGAUGGAACCGCAGCACCUCUGCGGGGACCCAAAGAACGCUGCGAGGAAGCUGGGAUCAUGACCUACAUUGGGGAGAUUUUGUAUGCUUCGAAGCAAAGCCGUACAAGCAGAGAAGAUGGACUGGCGUGGACACGAGAAGCUGUAGAUAUUGCGGAAGAAGAAUUGCGACGGAAAGGAAUUGGAAAGGAUGCAAAGAUUACUUGCAAGCAAUGUCUCGCAGUGGGAUUGGGUAAUUGGAUGACAAUGGUUACAAAGAUGGCUAAGGAAGAAAAGGAAAAGCAAGCAGCGAAUGCGGGAAGCUGGCUUGCAUUUGGAAUUGAACAGAAGGAUGGCAUUGGAAGGUGGGAGAGCGAGGAACAAGUUAUCAAGGAGCGAAUGCGGAGGUCUGCAGAGAUUCUUGCUACUCCUGGGAAGUCUGCUGGAAGCAGCAAUUUCUUGACUGUAUGAUUUGGCUGUUAUCGGGCGCUGUUAACUGGUGCAAUAUAAGUCACAACUCAUGCCAAAACUCUCGUCUAGAUUCAUCUUGAUCAGAAUGCAUGAUGAUCAAAGCUCUCUCCCUGUACUUCAUUGCAUUCCCUUGUUCGACCUCACACCAGCGCUCAUGACUCUGCGGACGGUAAAACCCACCUUUCAUGCAGGCGCUGCAGCUCUCUAUCUCUCAUCAAAGCAAUAUUCGCGAUCCAUAAUACAGGAACGAUAGACGCCUGUGAAUCUAUAAGCUUUUAGAUCAUAACAAGACUUCGCAUUAAUUCAUCCCCAAGAACUUGAGUAUUUCAGACCUUGCAACUGUCCCAGUCUAUUCCAGCCUUUUCUAUGGUAAAAUUGGUAAAACUCUGAUUGAAAGUUGAAGCAACUUAGGCGUGGAGAGAAA